CUCUCGCAAUAUGCCUCCGCUGCCCCCGGGCUGCUCGCCAUGCCGGGCACCUGCGGGCGCCUCUCCGCGCUGCUCCCGGGGCUGGCGGCCGCGCUGCUGCCGAUGCUGGUGAUGCUGAUGAUGGGGCGGCCGCCCCCCGCCGCCUCCGCCGCCGCCACCCGCCCGCAGCAGCAGCGAGCGGCGCUGCCCGGGGGCGCCCCCGCCGCGGCAUCAGGAUCUGUUUUCACCCUGAAAGUUCAAGUAAAUGACAUCAUCAGCCACCAGUACCUGCCACAAGCAGUGGUAGAGGUGUUUGUUAACUACACCCUGACAAAUUCUACUCUUACUGGGAGCAAUGGAGCAGUGUUGGUAAAAGUCCCCUACAAAUUAGGAUUAAGCUUAACUAUUGUCUCAUACAAGGAUGGCUACCUGCUGACACCUUUGCCUUGGAAGACUGCGAGAAUGCCAAUAUACUCGUCCGUGACGCUCUCGUUAUUCCCACAAAGUCAAGCUAAUAUAUGGCUGUUUGAAGAUACUGUCUUAAUUACUGGAAAACUGUCUGAUGCCAAAUCUCAACCGAGUGUUCAGUUUCCAAAAUCUUUAAUGAAGCUUCCAACAAAUCAUAUUGCAAAUGUUACAGCCUAUCUGACAGUACCAGAGCAAUUUUUGAAAGUGGACAGCUUUCUCUAUACAACAGGAAUUAUUCUAAAUAAAUCAGGUUUCAAAAGCAUGGAAUUAACUCCUCUCGCUGCCAUAUGUGUAAAUGUUCUUUUGGCUGGGAAAGAACUGAAUAUAAAGGGUCCCAUUCAGGUUUCACUUCCUCUUCCCACAACUACUGUAAGAUCAGGAGACGCUGUACCUGCCUGGACAUUUGAUAUGAAAAUUGGUGCUUGGGUAAACCGUGGGCUAGGAAUAGUGAAGGAAGUGGAUGGCCAGUUGGUAUGGACAUACACUGCUCAGCACUUGGGCUACUGGAUUGCAGCUCCACUGCCUGGAGCAAGAGAAUCCAUUAUUAGUGCUGUUUCCAAGGACAUAACAGCCUAUCACACUGUGUUCCUUACGGCCAUACUGGGAGGAACUGUUGUCAUUAUCAUUGGAUUUUUUGCUGUUCUUCUUUGUUACUGCAGGGAUAAAUGUCGUCGGACAAAGAAGAAGGAAAAAAACUCAACCAAGCUGGAGGUCAUAAAAAAAGACCAGACAACCUCAACAACUCACAUAAAUCACAUCAGUGCUGUCAAAGGGUCUUUAAAGCUGGAGGAAAAGUCACAGUUAUAUACACCGAAGAUUUCUUCAUACAGCCCUCAAAGGAGGCUGUCCAUAGACACAGAAGAUGGAAAAUCACAAGACAAUUUUAAAAUCUACUCAGAGGAUGCUUCUUAUCAGUCAUCCUGUCAGAUUGGUCAGGCAGGAAAUUCAGCCCAUUCAGUGGAGCCUAGUGCUGGAGUGAGGCUUUUACAGCAGCCAAAGCACAGUAACAGUACUAUUUCCCAGGCUCCUAGGGACAUUCCAGACCAAAACAGGUACCUUUCACUGAAAGAGGAGAUGUAUGGGCUUUCCCAUAUCCCAGAACAUCUAAUGCAUAUUUACAAUCAGCCUAUAGCUAUUCUUCAAACCUCAGACCUUUUCCACUCCCCAGAGCCACUGCAUCCUGCUAAAUCAGCAACUUUGCCAAGGAAAGGGCAGCUGGUGUAUGGCCCCAUGAUGGAACCCAUGAAUCGUGACACUUACAUGCAAACACUCCCCAAAAUGCCAGUGCACUCUCAUCCCCAGCCUUCUGCCUGCAGAGAUGAGAACAGUGCCCUGGAUGGUGAAGAGGGCUUGCCUUCCCAAGCAUCCAACUGGGGCCGGUACACCAACAGCUUACUGGAAUCUGUCUCUGUUCCUGGGACACUGAAUGAAGCAGUUGUAAUGACUCCGUUUUCAUCCGAACUUCAAGGGAUUUCAGAGCAAACAUUGCUGGAGCUCUCUAAAGGAAAACCAUCUCCGCAUCCUCGAGCAUGGUUUGUGUCCCUGGAUGGGAAGCCAAUUGCUCAAGUGAGGCAUUCUUUCAUAGAUCUGAAAAAGGGCAAAAAAACUGAGAGUAAUGAUACCAGCCUGGACUCUGGUGUGGAUAUGAAUGAGCACCAUCCUAACAGGAAACUGGAGAGAGAGAAGACUUUCAUUAAAAGUAUGCCACAUUCUAAGAUUCUUUACUUGGAAGAUCUGGAUCUGAGUGGCAGUGAAAGCGGGACCACUGUUUGCACUCCAGAGGACCAGGCUGUGAGACACAUUAUGGAAGGAGGGAAUGGGCCAGUCCUAGAACAACAUAACGAGGAAGGUCUAAGGAAAAAAUCUCUACCAGGAAGUCAUGAAUCUGGUAUCCCUUCUGCUAAAAAAAGGGAUAGACCACCUCUCAUGAAAAGAGAUAGUAAAACCAAUAUCUGGAAGAAAAGAGAGGAGAGGCCGCUUAUUCCUAUAAAUUAAAACAAUGUGCUUUGUGCUCUUGCUCUCCCUGCUGGUUGUUGACCUCUUGCCUGCUUCUGUAAUUCUGCAGUGUUGGGUUUACAAGGGAAAUGUUGUUUUCUAGUAUCAAGAAAAGUUUCAUUUUUUAACAUACAGAUUGAGUUACCAAACUUCAGCUGGGCAAUUUAUAUUCCAUGUGAAUUGAAAACAGGGAAAUGUUACUAUUAAACUUUUCCAGUUCCUAAUUUUACUGGCCGUAUGAGGAAGGCCCACAUUUUACUUAGCCUGUCAUUCUUGGACACACUUUUGGGAAUGCACAGUGAGAAAUGUAGGCACGUGAUUUAAUUUUUUUGUACUUGUUGCUAAUGCAAUGGUAGCCUAGUUAAAGCCAUUCCUAGCCUUGUUCCUAAUCAACGUGACCAUCUGUACAGUAUUUUAUAUGUGAACUUUUCUAGCUAUCUGUUACUUCUUCCUUGUAUAAUGUGAAAUGUUUCAUCCGUUGGUCCCACGACACCAGCAGAUGAGCUCUGCUGGAUUUAUCAGCAGAGCUCUAUAGCAUUACUGCCCUCCCUGUGUGCCCAUCCAUGUGCAAUUCCAUACAACACUGGGGGAAAAGGAAGUGUGCAAGUGUGGCCGCUGCAGUUCAUGGUCUCCACUAUCUUCAAGUGUUGCCCAUCUGCUUUGUUUAAAUCUGCUUUAUUAUGGCCCGUGGAUGUUGAACACUGUCAUGGGCUAUGAGGGGUCCACGUCCAGCAGAAAAGGACUGAUUCUGGUAGCAUUUGGAGCUGCAGCCACUCCUGAUCUCAGUGUCUUGUUUUGGCUUCUUUGUCAGUGAACAUCUUCUCUUCUGUAUGCUGUUGUGCUCCAGAAUGUAGCCUUGAAUCUCUGCCUGUUUCUAAGUGAGAGUUUGGCUCAUGAUGAAGUGUACAAGAUUAGACAAAUUAUGCCUUGGAAAGAGUUUCUUGAGCAGGAAAGCUCAGCACCAUUCCUUUUUGUUUUAUGUUUAAAACAAUGGGAGAUCAUUUGAGGUUUAUGUGCCUACAUUUUGCCAGCCUGAGCUGCUUUUGUCUAGCUUUGCAGAGGGGUUAAACAGGCUUUAAAAGUUGGGGGGGAGGGUUAUGAGCAUGAGACAGCAGAUUGCAAAAAUUUGGUCUAUAAUGCAAUAUAAAUACUAUUUAUGACUCAUCUUAGAGUUAAAUUUACCAAAAGUCAUGAAUGCAUGAAUUGUAACUAAGAUAUGUAUAGAGGAAGGAAAGGCCAUCAGAAUAUUCUUUAAUUUUAAUAUUCAUCUUGUCAAAAUGAUCAUUUCAACUUUGGCUAACAGAAAAAUGGAUGCAUCUCUUAAUGUGCUUCAUAUAGUAAACAGAAUGUAUUUCUGUGGCUUUGAGGCUGUUUCCCUGAUGAAAUAAGUUCCAGCAUUUUGGCUUUGGCAGUUUGAUUAUAAAUCAUCCUAAAAAGGCUUUAUAAAUAUUUCCCUUAGAGCUUGGUUAAGGGUCUGUACCAAGACCCAAACAUACAUGUCUGUAUUUGAAUUGUGAUGUGAAUAGACCUUGGUUGUCUGCCCUGUAGUACACUCAAGAGUUGGGAACUAUCCUAUGCAGCUGGGCUUCUGGGAAUAUUUGCUCAGGAAAUAUUACUGUGAAAUGUCUGUUGUGUUGGGAUUGUCAGUUGUCUGGUGCUGUUUCUAGAAGAAUAUGGAAGGUAACCAGGAUGGUACCAGCAAUGCAUCAGUCCAAAGUGAGCAUUUGCUUCAUGAACAAAAUUCCCCUAUUGAGUUCACAAGUAUGAAAGUGCAAAUUAAGUUUGAGAUAGGUGUGUGUGUUGACCUUGGCUGGAUGUCAGGUGCCCAUCAAUCUGCUCUAUUGCUCCCCUUUCCCAGCUGGACAGGGGAGAGAAACUAAGAUGGAAGACAACUUCUGGAUUGAGAUGAAGCAGUUUCCUAAGGCAAAAGCAGAAGUUUUCGUGUGCACAAAGAGGAAAAAAAAUAGGUUUGUUCUCUACUUCUCAUCAGCAAGCAAUGUUAAGGCUGCUUCUUGGAAAGCAGGGCUUCAACACUUGUAGUGGUUGCUCCAGAAGGCAAACCUUGUAAGUAACAAAUGCCCCCACUUCCUCCUCCUUUCCUUAGCUUUUAUAUCUGAGCUGAUAUCAUAUGGUGUGGAAUAUCCCUUUGGUUAAUUUGGGUCAGCUGGCUUAGUUGUGUCCCCUGCCAGGAUCUUGCCCACCCCCAGCCUGCUGGUUGGCAGGGAAUGUUGGGAGUCAGCACUAAUGCUGUGCCAGCCCUGCCCAGCAGCAGCCAAAACACUGGUGUGUUACCAACACCUUUCCAGCUCCCAAUACAAGGCACAGCACUGGGAAGGCUGCUAUGGGGAAUGAACUCCAGCUCAGCCACACCCAAUAUCUGUGGGCAUCACCAUCACAGGUGGGAAUAUCAGCACCCGUGCCUGGAUCACCUCCUUCCCCUCCUUCAGCACUGACCUUAGUGUCUGCAGAGUUGUUCCUCUCACAUGUUCUCACCCUGCUCUUUUCUGGCCACAAUUACAUCUGCACAAUAACUUCUUUUCCUUUUCAAAUGUAUUAUCACAGAGGUGUCACCAUCACUUCUGACCGGCCCAGCCUUGGUCAGCAGCGACUCUGUCUGGGAGCUGCUGGCAUUGGCUCUGCUGGACAUCAGGGAAGCUUCUGGCAGCUUCUCACCCCUGUAGACCCCCCUACACUAUCAAAACCUGGCCACCCAAACCUAAAACACAUGGUGAAGCAACUGUCCCCCUGCAACCCAUGGAGUGCAGAUAAUCCACCUGCAGCCUGUGGAGGAUGCAUGAAGGAGGCUCUGAACCCAUGGGAAAGCUGUGCUGCAGCAAACUCCUGGCAGGACCUGUGGAGACAGGAUGUUUCCUGGUAGUACCUGUGGGGGACUCAUGCUGGAGGCAGGCUGUGCCUGAAGGACUGCACCCUGUGGAAGAGUGAGCCACGAUGGAGCAGUUUGUGGAGAACUGUUGCCCUUGAAAAGGACUCAAAUGGAGAGCAGCCUCCUGUGGAAGGAACCCUGUGCUGGAGCAGGGGAGGGACUUCUGUCCUUGAGCAGCAGCAGAAACCACACGUGGUGGAACUGACCCAUUCCUGUCUCAGAAACCACACGUGGUGGAACUGACCCAUUCCUGUCUCAGAAACCACACGUGGUGGAACUGACCCAUUCCUGUCUCAGAAACCACACGUGGUGGAACUGACCCAUUCCUGUCUCAGAAACCACACGUGGUGGAACUGACCCAUUCCUGUCUCAGAAACCACACGUGGUGGAACUGACCCUGUCUCCCUGUGUCACUGCAGGAAUAGGGAGGGGUGGGGGGGAAGGUGUUUCUAAGAUUUAUUUCACUUGUCAUUAUCCUGCUCUGUAAUAAAUUCAGUUAAUAUCCCCAAGGUGAGUGAGUCUGUUUUGCCCGUGACAGUAUUCAGUGAGUGAUCUCUCCUUACCUCAAUUCAGGAACCUUUCAUUGGAUUUUCUCUCCUCUGUCCACUUUGUGCAAAGGAUUGGUAAGAGUGGCUUUGGUGGGUGCCUGGCAUCUGGCCAGGGCCAAAACCACUGCAGUGUGCAAAUAAGUCUGUAAUUAAAUUGGCCUAAAGAACCUAAAAUAGGUUUAAUUACGAUUCAUCUAUUUCAGGUGUGAAGAUGGCUUGUCAUAUUAGCAUGCCUUUGGUUCUCUUUCUAGGUUACAGGAAUUUUGUUCAAUACCAAAUACAUUUUCACAAAAACUUUUUUUUUUUUUAAUGUACAGUUGUAAUGGAUAUUUAAAUGUGACUUUCUAGGCCCAGAUAUUGAUCAUGUCAUCCUUGUCUUUGUUGUAUACAUUAGUAGGAAUCAAUUUGUAUAUGCACAUUUCUUAGGAAAGCUGCCCUUGAGGUUCAAUAUUGCCCUGUUUGCAGACUAGCAUUGGUUCUGAUAGCUCCCUUUUCAAAAAGAGAUUAUUAUGCAUUCUGUUGAACAUAAUAGAAAAUCCCUGACAAGCUAAUGGUUUUCAGGAAUUCAUAUUAAAUUCAUAUGUCUUUACUUGAAAUUUUGGUCACUUAGAGUAAUAUUUCAGAUUUUUAAAAUGCAUUUUUCACUGUAUAUACUAAAAAGACCUAAUUUCUCAAACUUACUUGUAUCAUCAAAAAAAUACAGACAACUAUAAAUGGCUUUAUUUAUGUGAGUUCAAAGAAAACAAGUUUGGCACUCUGUUGUUCUUGUUCUCUGACAGUAGGUAUCAGGUUGUCAAAAAAAAAAGGAUUAGAAAUACAACUCUAAAAUUAUUAUGAUUAUGAUUUAUAUUCAUACAGAAUAUUUCAGAAUAUAUUAUCUCAGUCUUCACAUUCCAGCUGUAUGUUGGAAUUUAUGCAUUGGAAAAACCUGUAUUGCCUGCUAGAGAUAAGAAUUCUUUUUGGUUUUGUAUCAUUAAAAAAAGGAGCUUGACUAUGUUGAGCUCCAAAAAUUUUAAUUCCACAAAACAUUCUAUGUGAUGUGUAAUGUGUGGAGAAGACAGAAUGUCACAGGGAAGUGUCACAAACUAAUGUUUUUCUAUAUAUCUCUAUAUGAUUUCAACAUAUGAAUUUUUAGGAAUUACUGAAUUUAUUUUUUAAGAUUUUUUUUUCCUGUUGGCCUUUUGUGACACUAACAGACUGUUAAAAUGCUGGUGCCAGAAUUAGGCCUAGACAAAAAUCAGCAAGGAUUUGUCGCACACGACUCUUGGAAAGGCUGGGGAAACAUGCAGAGGUUUUCACUUCUUGGAAUCGGGAGGUUGCUUACCUUGAGAAUAAGAAGGAGGAAAUGUCUGUGAGCCUCUUCUAAGGAGAGUGGAAUGAAUAGGGAAAAUUGGAAAGGGUACAGCUUCUUUCUGAUGCUAGUUUGCAAACUGAUACGUGUUUGUGCUUUGGUGGAAUCAAUUCUUUCUGAAGAACACAAAUGCUUGCAAGACUUAUGUCUCAGUUCUUCACAAGGCACUUCUUGAGCUGUCAGCUUUUGCAAGAAAAGCCUUAUUUAUGUACAUACAGUUUUAAGUGCAAGCUCAUUGACAGUAAUUUUUAGAUUGUUACCAAAUGCUAGAUAUUAUAGGUGAAAAAAAAAAAAGGUGGGGGAAUCACUUCAAAAUCACAUUUGAUUAAGAGAAAGAAAGUCCUUAUAGUGCAAUCAGAAAAUAGAGCUCUGGUAUUACAAACCUGAAAGUAAAAAUUACGUGUUGAUUAGGGGCAUUAUUUACCACCAUAAAGCUAGAGGUGAUGCACCAAAAAUAAUGUAGGAUGUAGGAAUGUUCAGUUGUCUCCUUUGUUUUUAUGCAGUAAUUUGUACCAAAGAGGAUGAAAUGAACGGGCACCAGUAUAAAUUCUUGUUAGUUAAAAAGUGACAAAGUUUCACAACACUACUGAUCAAACACUGUGUAAAUGAAAAGGCAGUGCACUACAUCAGUUGUCUGGUGUUUUACAUUAGGAAAAUCUGGAGAUAAAUUAGCCUGCUGAAGUGCCUUUCUGUUUCAUCAGACUUAUUUUAUCAGUGGGACACCUGACUAUCUGAAAAGCACAUUAUGUUUUUAUUUUCUGUUAGCCAAAACCCCCUGAAUUAUUACAAUUAUAUAGCUUUUAUAAUAUUUUAAGAGGCAGAUCUAGUGCUUUUUAUGUUGGAAUACUGACUUCUGCAUGUUGAUGAUGAUGGUAGUUGUUGUAAAACCUAGUUUUUGUAUUUUAUGUUUGAAAAGAAAUUUUAAAAAUCUAUCUUUAGCAAUCUGAACAGUAGUGUCUUUUAAAAAUGCUCAUACGGGAUCUGAUUCAACUUUGUGCAUCAAGUGCAAGCGUCUUGAAAUCAUUGGAUUUACAGGUAUGAAACUGACUGGGAUAUUAACUUCAAAAAUGAAAUUAACCUAUCUUUAUAUAUAAACACUAUUAUAACGAUAAAAGUCCUUUUUUCAGCUGCUAACUUUGCUUGUCAAUAGCAGCAGAAAUUGUAUGGAGAUGGGUACAUACUUCUUAUUUUCUAGAACCAACUUUUAUCUCAAUUUGGAGCUUAGCUUGCAUUGUUUUUUAAUCGCUUUUUAAUUUUUUUUAAAUUCAGUGGUAUUAUGAAAACACAGUACUAUGCCUAUGGAGCUAAAGAUGAGUAUUCUUUUAUAGUAAUUUGUACUAAUUUGUGCCACACUUCUAACAGUAGGCAGCUACAUUUGCGUUAAAGAAUUUCUAUGAAAGGUGGUUUAAAUGACUUGAAUCUGAGCUUUGUUUUCUUCUAAAAGCAGUAUUCAUUUUGUUCUGAAAAAAUAAAAAGCUUCAGGUUUUUUUAGGACUGGCAGGGCAAAACUGUCAUUUCUUUUUGUGCUAGCACUCUCAGCCUGAAAACUGUUUUACCAAAUGAAUUUUUUUUCAGUCAGUUUUAGGACUUACUGAACAUUCCUAUAUUCCCCCUCCCCAAAGCAUCCUGGUACUUUAUUCCCCAGGUAAUUGAUUUGGUUCCUUUGAAGCACUUGUUGCACUUCAGUCCACGUUAGAACAGUACUAUUUUUACAUGUCACUGUGUAGAAAGGCAGUUUUUAGUGCUCCUCAGAGCAUGUUACUCAUACAAAGCCUGGCUCUGGAUGUUGCAAGGCAGGUGAACUCAUGGCACUGACUGUGCUCAUCACCUUGAAUUCUGGAGCCUCUUAUUCAACAAAUGCUUCAUGACCUCAGCAAUUAUUUUCAAAAACACUCUAGUAUGGAUGUUGUUUAUGUAAAACAUUCUUGAUAUUCGGCAUCCUGGUUUUAAGUAUUUCUACCUUUUUAUAUUUUGUCAGAGGUGUCUUUUCAUCUCUGUAUUUACUACAGUAUCAGUGUAUCUGUUGCUGAAAAUGUAACUAAGGUUUGUAAAAUGUUACAGCUUAUGCAAGAUAAUAAAAAUUUGAAAAAGUUA